CCAGGCAGCAAACAAGGGUACCGACCAACCAAGCUGGCCACGUCGCCUGUUCGCUUCUAUAGUAGUUGUCCUAUGUAUAAAGAAGCAGUCUCCCAACCAGGCAAAGCCCUGAGAUCCAGCACCGAACCUCGCCACGCUCCUACUCAGCACGUGAGUCGUAUACCCUUGCCCGCUAGUAGCAGCCAGGGUCAAGCCCUGCUGCUUCCCAACAUAUUAAUCUCUUCAUUUCCUUACGAAAUCCCCUUCCUCCCAUCUUUCUUGAUCAGUCCUCUUUUGCUCUUCAUCUUCCCCCCCCCCUCUAGGGCUAACUACACCACUCUAUAAGAUCAUUGCCUGAUCCAACUCCAACAUGAAACUCCUCACCUACUUCUCUCUUCUCCUCGGCAUCUCCACAACUACCGCCCUCGCCGCUCUCCGCCCAGAUGCAACCCCCGACGAGGUCGCCGCGGUGGAAGCCGAGUGCGGAUCCCUGGGCGUGAUGAGGAUUGACCCGGCAGAGCUGCCCGAGGGCAUUACGAUGGCCGACGUCCGCAUGUGCGCCGAGCACCCCCUCGGCCCCGGGGCAUACCCGGGUCCGGGUCCUGGGGUUUUCGCCAGGUUCCGUCAGUUCUUACCGAGUUGGGUGUUUUGAGAGGACGGCCCGGGAGCUGGGUCGAGGCCCUGUAGGCAGUCCGGUCUGGUUGCCUGCGCUGUGCGGUGGGAGCUGCCGUUUGGGAAUGGAACUCUGGGAAAUGUAUGGUGUCG